CGCCCCAACAUGGCGCCCCCCACCUCAGCUGUCGGCGUCAAGAUGGCGGCGGCGAUGCGCGAGGAAGACUUCGUCGCCCUGCAGAGCCUGCUGAAGGCGUCGUCGAAGGACGCAGUACGGCAGCUGUGCCAGGAGUGCUUCUCCUGCCCGCCCGGCCGCCUCGGCCCGCUGGCGCAGCGCGCCUGCCCCGCCAUCGCCGCCAGCCCCGAGGAGGCCGCGCAGCUGGUGUCCGCCCUGCACAGCCUCACCCGGCACGUCGUGUUCUGCGGCUUGACGGGGGCCGAGGACAUCCUCGCUCUGUUUCCAGAAAACUUCCACCAAAACCUGAAGAACCUUUUAACUAAGAUAAUCUUGGAGAAUGUCUCUGCUUGGAGAAACGAGGCACAAGCAAGUCAGAGUAAGUCUGUAAUUAAGUAACGUUCCUCAGAUCAUCUGACAGAGCCUGGAGGCUAGAGUAGUACCUCACAGUCUAUCUCAUGAUGGUGUAGCACAGACAUACGUCUGUUUGUCUUAGAAGAAGCUGUAUGAUGGCAGUAUCCUAGAGCUUAGCAAAGGCCAACAGGCUUUUAUUCAGAUUUGUGCUAUGUGCUAAAUCCUUUCCAGUCAUCAAGUAACUUCCAUUUCAUGCUCAGUCUGUUGCUACAUUGCAGAGUGCCAGACUUCUGAAUUUGAAGUGCUCUCGACUCCCCCAUUCAAGUGAUGCACAUAUGCAGUGCACAGUAGUGGGGAAUAUCUGCAUACAUCUAACUCUUCCAUGCUCCAAAAAGUACCUGGCAUAUAGUCAGCUUUGCUUUUUCCUCACUUUUUCAAAGCAGGAUGUAAUUUAGCAGUGCAACUUUUGAUUACAGCAGCAGACAAAGAUUUACAUUCCAGUUAAGGGUUCCAUACAGCAAUACCACUUUGUUUUUUCUCUAGGAGUUGUUUUUUUGUUUUGUUUUGAUUGACAGCUGUAGGACAUCAGGGCCUUGCAAAGGAGAGAUGAUACACAAAUGCCUGCACAGAUCUUAUUGGCCAUUCUCUUAGGAUGCAGAGAGGAUAACACCCAAGAGGUGAACAGUAUGGCAAGGACUUGGCAAACAGCUGUCCCUCAAAAAUCUUAAUGGAGUAUAAACGGCAGAAAAAUAAGGAAGUGGAAAAAACUACUGCAAAAUGCUAGUAACAAUAGAAACAGCCAUGCUUAUGCUAAACACUCGUGGCAUUGCUAAGACAGUGCUUUUUCCUUAGAUCCUUAACACAAUCGAACAUUAGAGGAAAUGAGCACAAGCAUGAUGUGCCAGCGUGAUGUAAUAGCUAGGUCUUCAAAACCCAGAAGCAAGGCUGAGUGCGUGGUGCUCAGAGCCACUCAGGAGUUUUGCUUGGAGUUGCAUGUUUUUAUACAGAUGAGUAUUUAGCCCCAUCGGCAUAAGACUGUUUUCUAAGAAGUUAUGGAUUCUUUUAGUGUUACAUUCAUGAAACAUCCAACAUACAUUACAUAGGAACAAAAGCAGAGAUUUAAAGACAACAACCCAACUGAUUGUUCUAUGAUAAUAUGAAAAUGCAGAUGCUUUUCUGUUUUUCCUAAGUCACCAGCAAUCAAUCUUUGCAAAUUAACAUACAACACUAAACAGAUGCAUUUUUUGUUGCAAAUGUUGCCAAAUGCUUGCCCUGACGGACUGUAAACUGAAAUUUGUUCCAAAUGCAGAAGGCAAGGCAGUCAAUUCUACGUUGUCCCCCACAGUUCUGCUGAUGGGAAGAAGAGGAAGAGCCAUUCCUCACAUAGAUAAAUUUCUCCAAGUACCAGGAAUCAGGAGGAAGGUUAGCAGUCAGACUGGAUAAAUGCGUGGCGAGGAGACAAGGCACUUUAUGAUAGGCAGAAUCCAGACAGGCUGCAGUUGCCUGUUGGGACAGCUCUUUCCAUAGCACUCUGUAGAAGUUAUCUUUGCUUCUUUGUCCACUUCUGGUGCUCUUAACUAGAUAUCAAAUAUGGUUAUCAGCAGUUACUUGCUAAGGUUUUGCAGAGACCCUCAAACCUAUUGGGCACCACAGCUAAGAUUUUAAAUUGGAUUGGAGAAUAAGCUAUUGCCUCUCUACCAAUGUUUUGUGGAGUUGGUCCUGUAUUUCCUUCAGACUCCUUCCAAAAGCCUGAGCUGACAUACACUGGAACAGUGUUUCCUUAUGCCUCUGGAAAUCAUCUGUUCUCUUACUGUUCUGACAAAGUAGUACCUGUUAGCUGCAAAGGCUGUUUCAAACUGAAAGAGUUUGUCAGUGCUUCAAUGUCUUCAGUGUAGAUUUUCUCCUGGUGAGAAUUUAUUGUUUUUCUCUCGAAAUAGGACACUGCACUUCUGAACACAGGAAGCAUAGCUCAGCUUCUACCAGAAAAUUGAGUUGAAAAAGAUGGGAGAGCUGUUCUGAGUCAACAGUUCCAAGUGGGAAUGAUAAGUGUGCUCUGUUAAACUGCACCUUACAACUUGCUUCCUUAAUAUAUAUUUUAAAGAAGAAAUUUAUCUUACAGUCAUUUUCCAAAUUUCUGGGGUUUGGUGGUAAAUCAGGCCUUAUCACUAAACAGUCAAGGAUAGGGCUUGAACACCCUUUUAUCUGCUGUUAUAAAUUGGUUAGAUAAGUAAUUAUGCUUUCCUCUGGUUUGCAGUAUGUGAGACAACACCUGCAAAUCUGAUUUGAAAGUCAGUAGUUUCCUUUUCUGGGUUAAAAGUGUAUUUUCUUUAUGAAAGUAGGAAAGUUUUUGUUUGAAUAAGGGGAGGAUAGCUAUCUGCAUGCCACCCACCUAAAUACCUGUCACAGUUUCACUUGACUGUUCUUCAAAUGCUCCUUAUAGUAUCUGUUGGUGGCAGCUGAAAACACUGUUGAAAAACACAGAAUUUCAAAGAGCAUUUGCAGUCAGUCUGUUGGUGCCAGGGAUUUGUUGGGAGAACCUCAACCUCAGCUUUUAUGCCAGUUUGCAUGGUGCUUUUGGGACGCUUGAGGGCUCAUAACGAAAUAAGCUCCCUUAAGUAUACACCAUCAUGGAAUAUCCUC